AUGGCCGCAAGAGUGCUACUGCAACGGAGCGCGGUGGCGCCAGUCACGGCCGCCCUAGUCCUCGGCGGCUUCGCCUUCCAACCCAGAACAGCCCACGCCGAAGCUCCGUCCAGAAAGCCCAUCUACGAUGACGUUGAAGAAAUCCCCACGGCCAAGAUCGAGCCCGCGGCACCAGCGACACCAGCGGCACCAGCUCCUCCUCCCGAUGCGUUGGUCCCUUCUCAACCCGCCGCGGAAGAGACUCCUCGUCGCCCCACUCCCACGGAUCGAUUGGCAGUUGAGAUUGGCAAGGCCCGCAUGUUCCUCUAUCGUCACGCCGUGACGGCCGAGGAUGCCGUCAACCGUACUGUGGAUAAAGCCUUCAAUCUCGAGCAGUCCUUCACCAACACCAUUGCGUCGCUUGCGCCGCCCAAGGAUAGUGGGGAGAAGCUCAUGCCCGGCGUCGUGUAUGUGCUCGUCGCGGCCAUGGCCGGCAGCAUCGUUGCUAGGAACAGGGGUGUCUUUUUGAGAGCUACUGCGCCUCUUGCCUUCGGAACCGGUGCCGCAUGGGUCGUUCUUCCCGUCACCAUGAACAAUGUAUCGAAUUUGGCGUGGAAAUAUGAGCAGAGGUUCCCCGCUGUUGCCUCCACGCACGUCAAGGUUCGGGACUCUAUUGAGCAGGGAUGGACCUUCGCCAAGGUACACAAGGAUGUUGGUGUGCGUUAUGUCGAUGAGACGGUAACGAAUGCGAGGGAAACCGUCGAGAGCUGGGUUAGAAAGGGUAAAUAA